AAAAAGUGGGCCUUUUUGGUCAUCACUGGGCCUUUUAGGCCUUAUUUUUUAAUUUCAGGUCAAAUUUUGAAGAAGGUGCAUUGUUCUUGGAUAGUUUUUAAGAAGAGUGAAUAAUUCACAUGUGUAGUAGAUAUGUUAUAAAUCCUAUAUUCCUAUAAAUGUGAUAGUACAACAUUGGAAGACAAAAUUAAUUUAUCGGGUUGGCAAGCCAUAGAAUUAUUUUGAAAACGAGGCCCGUCAAAACUGAAGUGGAAAUCGAAAAUAUUUUGUCACAAAAGUAAUGGCAGUAUUAGACAUUGCAGAAACAUAUUUCGAGAAAUCUUGACUUCCUAAUAGAUUCUUCGAUAUACGAGGAUUCAGAUAAAAUGGAUGACGAUGCAAACAAGGAUGAAGAGGAAGAAAACUCAAUGGAAAAAACACCGAAGUUCAUCACUUUCAGUGAGUCAUUUACGAAUGAGGACAAUUAUGACUCGUAUUUUAACACAGUAGUUUCCAGUAGCAUAACUACAGAGAGAGAUGAUGAUAUGGGAAGUAAGAAAGAUGAAAACAUUGACAAUAAUGAUGUAAUAGGAAAUGGGAAGCAUGUAACAUUUAACAAUGGUGGAAUCGAUCAACACAGUCAGAAGUGUACUGACCCUGUCAACAAAAUAAAAAUUAUGGAAAAUGUAAAUGAUUCUGACAAUGAUGAUUGGAUGCAACCAUCAAUGAACACUGUUGAUCAAGAUGACCUGCUGUUUCAACUCCAAGAAGAGAGAAGAGAUCCAAGUGAAACUAUUGACAAUGAGGAGAUUGAAUGUGAAAAUGAAACUGAGGAAGAAAAUAAUAUUGAGUCGGAAAUUGACAUUAACACUAAUGAACAGGAGAAUAUAGAACUUAAUGAACAAAAUGCUGACUUGGAUGAACAAGAUAAUGACUCUAGACAAUAUAGUAUUUCAAAUCAAACGGAUCAUGACUCAAGUCAACAAGGUGAUGAUGACUUAAAUGAAUGUAUUGAUUCAAGUUCAAUAGACAGUGACUCAAAUCUACAAAAUAAAAGUCCUCAAAGUGAUCAAGAAUGUUAUAAAAUGCCUGUUUUGGAACAGUUUGUAUCUGAGCCUUUUAAUUCAACAGGAGAUGAAUCGAAUCCUAAACCUAUUGAAUACUGUGACAUUGUUCAACAGAAAUUUGAAAUGGAGAAAGAUUCAGAAUUCACUGUGAAUGAUUCCAAAAUGAUGUCAGUUGACAAAGAAAUUGUGAUGAAUGAUUUAAAGAUUAUGCCAAAUGACUCUGAAGUUAUGAUUAAUGAUUCUAAAAUGUUGACAGAGGAUGUAGAAAAGAUGUCAGGUGCAUCUGAAACUAAUGAAAUAUCUUUACAUGACUGCGAUCAAAAUAAUGUUAUAAAUGAGGAGAAAGAUUGUCCAGGGAAAGUAACUAAUAAUCUCAAAGAAACAAAUGGCGAAAUAAAUGAAAGGGCUGAUACAGAUGAUCAUAACCAGAAUGGAGACCUUGAUAUCAAGAGUGAAAUGUUUGAUAGGAAAAAAUCUGAAACAGAUGACACAACUGAUCUAUCUGAACCUUUGCCCAGUGUUGUUUCACCACAAGCAAUGACAGCAGCUACUUUAGAGCCGAUGUUUUCUGAGAGCUCUCAAUCGACACAGCAUAGUGAAAUAGCGAAUUUGAUUAAAAUGAGUAAUGAGAUUGACAGUGACAAUUCACCUGUUAUACAGAAUGAUCUCAUAAAGUCACAGUUCAGUGAGGUUAACAUGGAUAAUGACCUCAUGGGAGAGAAAAAUGUUGAAGAAUUCCCAACAAUUGAAGGUUCACAAAUCUCUACACUGAAAGGUGUUGACCAAUUGAACAUUUGUGACGACAUUGACAAAAAUAUUGCAGGUAAUGACAGCAUUAAAGAUGGUGAAACAGUAAGUACUUCAAGAAAUGAGGAAUCUCAGAAAAUGGAAGAAUCUAUUCCUGUGAAUAAAAAAUGGAAUAUUAUUGAAGCUACCAUUGACAAAGUGAUGGACAAUGUUGAUCAUGACAGUCCAAUAAUAGCUUCUGAAAAGUCAAUUGACAAUGCAGAUACUUUAAAGUACUCGAAAGUGAAUGAAAGCUACGUUGGAAUAAGCAGGAAAAGUCCCAUUAAUAUACCAGUAGAAAGCAAAUUAAAUAAUCUUUUUAAGAGAAGUAGUCCCAAUUCUAAUUCUCCACUUGAUGAUCUGUCAAAACAAACUGAGAUUAUCCAUAAAGAUGUCAAAUUAAAAAAUCAAGAUCGAGACACUAUUACAGAAUCAAUCGAGGCUGUUAUUCGGGCCUCUCUUGUUGACGACAAAACUGUGCAAGAGAAACACCCGACUAUUACAUCUAUACUUAGCACACAGAAGAGAGAACCACCUCUUCCUGCUCAUAAAGCUCCAAGUCUUAGAGGUCUCCUGAUGAAAGGAAAAUCCUCGUUUAGUCUUAGUGACAUUGUUAAUCAUGCAGUAACGCAAGAACUUGGCCCAGAAGAUGAUACGUCAAAUAAACGAAUUCCUGAACCUGAGCCAGAUCCCCCUAAAAGAAAACGUCGACGUAAAGCAAAGGCACAGAAGGUCAUCCAGAAUUAUUCGGAUGAUGACCUUUCUGAUAAUCCUUAUAUGGAGGAUCCAUCCCGCCAGAUGGACAAGCUGCUUCACUCUUAUGGUCUCGAGACGAUGCUGAGUGGCGCAAGUGAGGACGCUGAUACUGAACUCAACCAAUCAGGAUUCAAGGUGGAACAACGAGAGGAUGGAGCUUACGAAGGUGAGAUGUAUGGAGAAAGAGCCUCUGUUAAAGCCGAGCCAAGUAGUCCCGUUGGAGAACCACCAGCUUUGAGAAUUGAAUCAUCAUACACCCUUCUGGAGAUGGAUGACAGUGCAGUGUCCGACCAUGGAGAUGACAGACCUUCCAAUGCAGUGAUCAAUCCUGCAUUCCCCGAUGUUCCCCAAGGUGUCUCUGAUCACGUCAGGAAUCACUUGAGGACAUUUCUGAAGUCGCAGGCAGGUCGGGAGAGCACCGAGACGCCACCUUCAAUGUCUGCCACACCUCCACGUAGUAUCAGCAGCCCCAUGAGAAUAGGAGGCUCGAACACCAAGAAGGUUGAAAAGAAAUCUAUGAUGUCAUCCCCAUCUCUUGUAUCCCAAUUAAUGGCUGCUGAAAAGAAAUCCAAGCAGGCUGGCAUGCCUGGUUUUCCACCAGGGACUUUUGGCUCCAAUCCUCCAGGAUCUUUAGGACCCCUUGGUCUUCCCAUGCCAGGGCCUAUGGGUAUGGGGAAUCUCCCCCUUGGAGUCCCAGGGCUAGGGUUGCCCCCAACUAACAUGCAGAAUUUACUGAUGAUGGAGUAUUACCGUAUUGCUGCCGCCCAAUCUCAAGCGUUUAGUGAACAGUCGGGGAUGCUAUCCUUUAUGAAACCUCCCCCUGCUCACAGUAAAACAACCCAGCAGUCCUUACCCCCGGGAGCCUUUCAAUUCAUGAUGACACCCCCUGCAGCUCACCAAAGCCACAAAAGUCAUCCAGAAUUAAGUGAGGUGCGGAAUUAUUCAAUGCUACCAAAACCGAGUAUGAGUCGGCAAAUAGAUGCAACGAAAGAGGCAUCUAAAACAACACAUGCCCCUUCUCCUAUAAGUGACUAUCUUAGUUCUACAUUUCCAAACACCCCUUCAGAAUCCACCAGCCCAGAGUGGACCCUAGAAUCGGAGAACAACUUCUCCAAUAGAAAGAAAAGGCGUAAACGACGCACAUCAAGUAAAUCUCGUGGCUCCCCUGCAAAACAGUCCAACCCUUUGUGUACUAUUGAUCUUACAUCAGAGAAGCCUGUAUGCAAUGCCCCUUUACCCACUACCACCCCAGAAGUGUAUCCUAAACGACAAUCGGUGGUUCCCAGAUCCUCAUCUGAGAUCCUUAAAGCUCUAGCAAAGGGGCCUCUAUCAGAAUUGGAUAAAUCCACGCUAGGGGUGAAUAUCAAAAAUACAUCUGGGGUAAAACCCAUAUCCUUACCUGAGGGAUUAGAUAAAUCUGCUAUAAAGAGUAUAUCUCUCCCCCAAGGCAGUGUCACCAAGGAUACUGGAAACAAGGAUGAUAGCGAAUCAAAGAUAAAACUGGCAACUCUCCAAGAUGAACUGAUCAGAUCCAUGCUAAUGUCUUCACCCAUGUGCCCCACUGUUCCGAAGGAAACCAACAGCCGUGUUAUCGAUAUUGACAAAAUAAUACGAUCUGAGAUGAAAGUUUAUGAGCCAGAAACUGAGAAGAAACCAGUUCCUGUCCUCUCCAUGCCAUCUAUUCCAACAGCACCAUCUAUAGGUGCAAUUCUAACGGCGCCACCUAUUUUGACAACACCAUCUUUAAUUGUGACAGAGAGUACCAUGUCUGGGGUUUCGACUCCAGUUGCCAUGGUAUCUCCAAAUGAAGUACUUAAUACUGUGAGCCCUACUCUAAAGCCAUCAAAUUCUGACGGAGGUUCUUCUAAAUUAGACAUCCGCUCGUUUCCCACAAUUAAUUUUUCAAAAUAUGGCCAGAAGAAUUCCAAGCAGUUAUUUGGGUGUACGCUUUGCAAAAAGUUGUUUCCGAGGCUUCGUAUUCACAAACAUCUAUCUUUGGACCAUGGUCAGCCUCGCUUUAAAUGCAGCCUCUGUGACUUUUCCGAUGAUUUGGAUUUGGAAAUCAAACAACAUAUCAUUAAGGAGCAUAACAGUCGAUUUUCAAUUCGCUGUAGUAUAUGUAAGGGACUCUUCCCAACUAAAAAAGAAGUUCGUAAUCACAUAUUUCAAGAACACGAGCUACAACCAGAUGGCCACUUAUAUAGAGGAGUUCGGGAUGAUAACAGUUCUGGUCGUUUAAUCAAUCUCCAUUCAACAUUCAUGACGGUUGGAGAUCCGGAAGAUGGUAAAAAGCUCCAAUUGAAUCCUGGGAGGUCCAGGUCGAGAAAUGCCGUGGGUACUGUAGAAUCGCCAUUGGAAAGUAUUAACGACUCCGCUAAUGAUUCAGAGCGUAGCAUGGAUUCCACGUCCUUCUAUACUAAGCCUACAUCAGACAUACCUAUCAAGAUUGAAAAUGACAAGGAUCUAAUGUUGAUGGGAUAUGGAAUGCAGAUUGACACAAACAGUAUAGACAGUCCUAAUAAUGGUGAAAAUGAUGAAAGAGACAAUGAUUUGGUUAUUAAAGAAGAAAUAUCAAAUGAUGAAGUUGAGAUGGAAGUAAAGAACAACGCUGAGAAUCACAGUCAAGAUGAACCGAAAGUACCUCCACUUCGGAUCAAACUCAACCCACAGUGCAUUACAAUGUCACCAACGGGGACGCCAAAGUCACCAAAAUCCCCAAAGAAAGAGAAGCAUCACCACCAUAGAAGGAAGAAAGAUAGAAAAUGUAAGGAGAAGAGACAUGACUUGAGAGAGCGUGACAGCCCACGCACAUUUGAUAUUGAUGAUCUGAUUAUAUAUAAAGAUGUCGUUUUAGACGUCCCAAUGUAUGCUUGUCAGCUGUGUGACUUUAUGUGUGGAAAUGACACAAGUCAACCUGAGCAGAUGUCGAUAUACCAACACAUCCGUGAGGAGCAUAAUGUAUUACAUUACCAGUGCAAAUUGUGCGGCCGCCAAUCUGCCUCCGACACAUUCAUCAUGAAUCACAUCAUAGUGGAACAUAAUGUGACAGAACACGUUGAUGUACAAAUUGAAGAUCUCCAUUCUCGACAUUUUGACACAAUUUUCAAAUUAUCUGACAAAGGGACAGAUUUCUGGAAAGAAUAUGUGUUUUUAUCGAAGUGCAAUCUAUGUGGAUUUUUGUCAUCCACCCCUGUUAAGACUUCUCCGGAGUCUGAAAAAUCCAUUCCGGACAACAAAGAUAUGCUUCAUUUUCACUUACAAAAGGUGCACUCGAUUCCUCGCUACACUUGUAACAUCUGUGAGUACUCUACCGAUUCGUCCCCACAGAUGUACCUCCAUUUAAGAAUGAUGAAAGAUACACACAACACGUCAUUGUUCAAAUGCCGUCACUGUAAUCUUGUGUUCGAUAAAGAGGAUGAAGCAUUAGAUCAUGCAUCUACAAAACAUCAAAAAGUUCGUAGCUCUAAAUUGAUCCGACAGCAGAGUAACUAUAUGGGGAAAUAUCGCGAAUCUCACUAUCAAUGGUUCUCACAUGACUGGACUCAUAGAGUGAACACCUUUACCCAGAAGGCAUCGGGUUCCCAGACUCCUGAAGCCAAUCAUGGCAGUCACGCCCAGGAUGACAGUACUAACAUCCCCAAGGUAAGCCUAAAAGCAUCAAAUCUUAUGGACCCCAACAAAGAACAAAGCCUAAAGGACAAAUAUGAUGGUGAAGCAAUCCAAUCACUUCCUGAUAGUCCUACUGUUUAUCACCCCGAGCCUUUUAAACCAGAACUUAUUCUUCGCACGGAGAAUUCCAAACAGGGAGAAGACUUAGCAUAUGUGCAAAGCCUUUUAUCAACUUCGGCAUUCUCAUCUCUCAAACCCAAGACCCCAGCCUCAUCACCCAGACCUGUGGCCCUAUCUCCCAGAGCUGCGGCCUCAUCCCCCAAAGCUACAGCCUCGUCCCCAAAAGCUAAAUCGCCAGCCGCAGACAAGAAACUGACAUUUUGUGACUUCGGUGGAUGUGAGUUCUCAACUCUAAGGAAAAGUAAAGUAAAUGAACACUAUAUGCUACACAACUAUCAACGUAUAUACAAGUGUCUUCAUUGCAAUAAAUCCUACUCGGGCCGUCCUAAAGGAAUCUGCCAGCAUUCUAGACGGACACAUCCAACUGAAGAUCCAGAGACUGCUGUCUUGGUUUCGAAGGAUUAUGGCGCCACCUAUGUAACAUACAAUGAGGACGACAGCAGUACGAGUGAUGAAGGAGAUCCUCCUGUGAAUGAAAUUAAACAAGAGGUCCAUGAUGUUAAAGUGGAACCCAAAGAAAUAUUCUGAAGCCUUAGAUUGUGUUAUUAGUUAGAAUAGUAUUUAUUUUAAAUAAUUGUUGAAAUUAUUAUACAUAUGUUAUUAGUUUUUGUAAUUUUAGAUGAUGAAUCAUUCUAAUAUUCUAUGUGAUGUAAUAACUUUCUGUAUAAUUUACAGAGUCGAGCUAGAUAGAUAGCGUAAUUAGAGAAAUUUUGUGCAAUUAAUUUUUCUUACAUUCUCAAGCUUUAAAAUGGUGUUUUUACAUCUGUUACAAUUUCAUUUAGAAAUCAACAUCUUUAUCAUUGCAAAAAUGAUGUUUUCCACACACUCAGUACUGGAAAACAUUGUGCAAUCAAAUUCUGACUAAGUAAUAGUUAGGAAGAUAAAUUUAAAUUUCAAUCACUAAUUUUGCCUUUUUGGAAAUUUUAUUUGCACAUAAAUAUUUUUGGAUAACACAGUGAGCCUAUGAUGUAUUUUACAAUAUGUACGUUUUUGUAUACUUUAAAAAAGCCGAAAUGAAAAUCAUAAAAAAAUUUGUUAAAAAUUUACAAAAAUAACUGUAAUCUUUUUUGUUUAUCUUGUCUUUCAAAUUGAUUCUUAAGUGGCUUUAAGUAUCGUUUGUUCAUUUUUGUUGUACAGUUAUAUUGAGGUUGCAAUAUGUACUUAAAUAU